CUCUCUCCCAUCUGAAGAUUUAACACAGAGCAGAGCUGGCGGUCACAGUUGCUCCCUGGAUUGUAGCAGAGAGAGAGCAGCCCUCCUGCAGCCUGUUAGCCCACCACCAUGGAUGUCAAGCUGCUGGCACUGAUGGCUCUGAUGGCCGUGGCCACACAUGUACCAACCUCCAACGCAAAGCCCAUCAGUCUGGUGGAGCGCUGCUGGUGUCGUUCCACCCUCAACACGGUUCCUCAGCGGUCCAUCAAAGAGCUCAAGUUCCUCCACACACCCAACUGCCCCUUCCAAGUCAUUGCCAAACUGAAGAACAACAGGGAGGUUUGCAUCAACCCGGAGACCAAGUGGCUGCAGCAGUACUUAAAGAACGCCAUUAACAAGGUGAAGAAAUCUAGAAGACGCAAAAACAAGAUAAACUAAACGCAAGGGAAGAAAUGUGUGUCGUCAGGCAUGGUCUUCCCGAGUCGAACCCGUAUACCUCCCUGUCACUGCUAUGGAUGUAUGUAAACACGCUGUAUGUACCCGUCCACCUCUCUGGACCGCUUGCAGAACCAGCACUUCACCGCUAAACCGUGUUGUCUCAAGCACCGCCACCGAUCCCUCUGGACGCCCACGCAGUCACCUCCAACACUCCCUGUUAGCACCAAGUGCAAUUAUACCUUGAGAUGGCGGGAUGCAUGCUAAUGUCAGAUAUGUGUGUGUGUGUGUGUGUGUGUGUGUGUGUGUGUGUGUGUGUGUGUUUGAAUGCAACAUAUGACUAACUCUAAAUGUGUGUCUGUAUAUAGUAUGUUCUCACUUAACACAGCCAGAGAGGAACAAUUUGAGGUUUCAGUCUCACACAAGGCUUUGUGGGUAAUGGCACCUUUACGUCGUGGGAAAACAAAUACUGACACCGGUCUCCGAGAAGCAAUUAAAAAAAUUGGCAUUUUGUUGGCUGCCCUACAGUAUAUAUUCAUUAUGAAAGAAGUGUUUCAUUUAGAAAACACCAAAGCUUAAUCCACCCAAGUUAUUUUCACAGUAAUAUCUCAGCGCAUACAGGUUUUUACUCCAUGACUGAGGGGUCAAGGGGCAGUAACAGAGGCUGUCCAGUGGGGUUAAGCCUUCACAAAUGACCAAUCAGGGCCGGCCGUGCUACAACCGUAUCUUAAAUUGUCUUCACGUUCCAGCAUCAGGAACAAAACAGAUAGAAGCUCACAAACACUGUUAAGAAACAAGCACUGAUCUUGAGGUGCCAUAUAUUCAGUAUACGGGGUCAGAGCCAUUGACAUAAUUAUAUUUCACUGUUUAUUAUAUGCAAGAUUCAAUAUGUGAUAUUGUGACCUCUGUCUUAUAUAAAACACAAUUUUGUUUUUUACCAGUCACAAGAUAUUUGAAGCGCUGUUGUUAGAGUUCAUGUGGAAAAAAUGAAAUAGAAAGCUGAUUUUAUGUGAAGGCCAUAGUGCCAUUGUAUUGAUAAAUACUAUAAGGAAGUUAAACACUUAUCAAUGCAUCAUUUUUGUUAUUGAACAUAUCAGUAAACCAAAUAUUUUAACCGUAAAACAUGCAACUUGAAGAAACCUGUGAAAGCAUGACUUUCAAUUUCAUUUAUUGUUAUAAAAAAGGAGUAGAAGAUUGUCAUAGUUCCUAAUUUUUUUAACUCAACAAAGGGACUAAAUGUAAAUGUAUAUCAUGACUAGAGCAAUCUAACUGCAGUAUGUUCAUACCAACACCUGUCCUUGGUAGGAAUGAAAAGCUAAAAACUGUCACAUGAAACAGACCAUGAUAAAUAUCACAAUGGUAAUUUGUCCAUUGUGGCAAAAAGGUUUUUGAUUAGUCUUUUUAUAUAUAUUUGAGCCACUUUAUUAUCAGAUGUGUGAUUUUAAAUGUAACUGUUUUAUUUUUAUAUUGUGUAUAAUCUUACUAAAUGCUUUUUAAUGCAAUGUACAGUAGGCAGUAGCUACUAAAUGAAGGCUAGCCCAUAAAAUGUAACAAACAGUAUUAAGCUUAAUUGUUAAGAUGUCAUGCAAUACACAUGUAAUGGUUUGUUACUCCACAGUAUUCAACACUGAAAUACCUUUUUUAAUCUUUUUUUUUUAACAAUGUUGAUAAAAAGAAAAUCGUCCAAUCAAAUCAGAUAUCGUCCUCCUUGUUUGUUGUUGUUGUUUCUCCGUAUUGUUUCCUUUCUCAACCAAUGGGAGAUGUAUCAAUGGUAAACUGAAUAAAAUAUAUUCAGGUCAACACACAGUGAUUGAAAACAAAAGCCGCUGUCAUCGUGUUACAUGUGACAGGAAACUAUUCGGCCCACCAGUCGCCCCCAUUGAACACUUGAUUCAGUUUUUUUUCAUAGUUUUACUGAGGCUGAUGUAUGAUGUGUCAAUAGAGCCGCUGAGCCAAAACCAAACAAAACUUUUGAGUUGAGAUGCCAGCGACCGACAUGUGCUUUCAAUCUGGACACUCCCAGCACCCCACGGGCUUUCUUUUUACUUUCCCUCAACUGUUGCCAUGCCGCAACCAUUUUUCCCCUAAAUUGUUUGUGGUCGUUUCUAUGUUCUAUGUUUCGUUCUGUUUUCCACGGUCUGUCUGCUGAGUGCCUGCUCACUCGGGAUACUCGUAUCAUAUCUCAAUAUCAAUUUGCAGCUAAUGGUGCAAUAAUCCUGUAAGUGUCAGUCAUUUCCCAUUAAACUAAUAGAAGUUAAUGGACACUCAUUUUAUAUGAUUAUACUCAUGUGUUUCAACACAUUGCUGAAUAAGUUAAAACCCUCCAGUUUCCAAACGCACUGAUAUGUAAUGAUAAAAGUCUAAUUUUAUUCAUUGUGUAAAUUCAAAUCAAAACCGCCGUCUAUUCCCAAAAUACUUUCAAGGGUUAAAGAUGACGUUGUUACUUCUGUAAAUGUAAACCUUUCUCAUAUAAAACGUGAUAAUUAUCUCAAUAAAAGGAACAACUCUACUGCAUUACAUGUGGAAAAACCUGUUUAGUGUGACUAAAUAGUGUCAGACAUUGACAUUGACUCUUUUAUUAUUUUGCAAAUGGAGCAUUUACAGGAGGUUUUUGUGUCUAUUAUUUGGACCAAUUUCAAAUUCAGGUUCACAUUGAUCGUGUAUUAGUAAAUCACUCAAAAUGGGUGCAUGUCUUUGGACCCUGAGACAAUGUGAAAUAUAUUUUUUAAAGCAGCUUCUGACACAUAUUACGCUCUGUAUUGUCACUCUUUAUAAACCAAGAGGUGCUCUUUUCACUGUGAUGCUCAAGCCCUUUUUAAAUAAAGUCAAAUG